AGGAUUUUCAACCAGGAACAAUACAACUGCUUUGCGAAGAGUCCCAGCAGGAUGGGUCUCAGCAAGAGCGUCUUAUCCUGGAGAAAUGAAGUAGUUCAGAUAUUAAAAGCAUCAACUGGCAAAUGAACUCAUCUGCACUAUAGUGCAGUUCUCAGGAGAAAUCAAUGGUUCUGCCAAUUAUGAGAUGUUUAUAUUUCACAACGGAGGUGUACAAAUUUUAUGCAAAUAUCCUGACAUUGUCCAGCAAUUUAAAAUGCAGUUGCUGAAAGGGGGGCAAAUACUCUGCGAUCUCACUAAGACAAAAGGAAGUGGAAACACAGUGUCCAUUAAGAGUCUGAAAUUCUGCCAUUCUCAGUUAUCCAACAACAGUGUCUCUUUUUUUCUAUAUAACUUGGACCGUUCUCAUGCCAACUAUUACUUCUGCAACCUAUCAAUUUUUGAUCCUCCUCCUUUUAAAGUAACUCUUACGGGAGGAUAUUUGCAUAUUUAUGAAUCACAACUUUGUUGCCAACUGAAGUUCUGGUUGCCCAUAGGAUGUGCAACCUUUGUUGUUGUCUGCAUUUUUGGGUGCAUACUUAUUUGUUGGCUUACAAAAAAGAAGUAUUCAUCCAGCGUGCACGACCCUAACGGUGAAUACAUGUUCAUGAGAGCAGUGAACACAGCCAAAAAAUCUAGACUCACAGAUGUGACCGUAUAAUCUGGAACUCUGGCACCCAGGCAUGAACAACGUUGGCCAGUUUUCCACAACUUGAAGUGCAAGAUUGUCUUAUUUCCUGGACCACAGAGAGUCUGACUUAACUACAUACAUCUUCUGCUGGUGUUUUGUUCAAUCUGGACGAGUGACUGUAUCAGUCAAUGGGGAUUUUUAACAGACUGCCUUGGUACUGCUGAGUCCUCUCAAAACAAACACCCUCUUGAAACUAGCUUUAGAGAAAGCCCAGCUCCUGUGUGCUCAACAAAUAGACCUCACUGGGAGUGGAAUCCCUGUCUCCACAUCUGCUCCUAGCAGUGCACCAGCCAGUAAAACAAACACAUUUACAAAAAUAUGUUUUAAAGAUGCCAGGGGUACUGAAUCUGCAAAGCAAACGAGCAGCCAAGGACCAGCAUCUGUCUGCAUUUCACCAUCAUACUACCUCUUCUUUCUGUAGGGAUGAGAAUUCCUCUUUUAAUCAGACAGUCAAGGGAGAUGCUACAAAGCUGGAACUAUUUUAUUUCUGAGAUGUUGAUGUGAACUGUACAUUAGUACAUACGCAGUACUCUCCUUCAAUUGCUGAACCCCAGUUGACCAUUUUACCAAGACUUUAGAUGCUUUCUUGUGCCCUCAGUUUUCUUUUUAAAAAUACUUCUACAUGACUGCUUGACAGCCCAAUAGCCGCUCUCAAUAGAGAGCUAUGUCUUACAUUCUUUCCUGCGCUGCUCAAUAGUUUUAUAUAUCUGUGCAUACAUAUAUACACACAUAUGUAUAUAAAAUUCAUAAUGAAUAUAUUUGCCUGUCUUCUCCCUACAAGAAUAUUUUUGCUCCAGAAAGACAUAUUCUUUUCUCAAAUUCAGUUAAAAUGGUUUACUUUUUCAUGUAAGUGGUGGGAAACAUUGCCCAGAAUUGAAAACAAAUUUAUUUUAUUAUCCUAUUUUCUACCAUUAUCUAUGUUUUCAUGGUGCUAUUAAUUAUAAGUUUAGCUCUUUUUGUAGAUCGUAUUAACAUUGCAAACAAAAUCAUCUUUAAUGGGCAAGCAUUCUCCUGGGGUAGAGCAGAAUAUUCAUUUAGCCUGAAAGCUGCAGUUACUGUAGGUUGCUGUCAGACUAUACCCAUGGUGCCUCUGGGCUUGACAGGUCAAAAUGGUGCCCACUGGCCUGGAGCAGCCCUCCAGACCUGGAUGGAAUUGAGAGACUCCCCUGAGCCAGGGGCCACUAGGUAUUCUUGCUUUCAGAGGCUGAAGUCACCCUGGGAAUCACAGUGGGUCUACCUGCAUUCAUAAUUCCAGGAUCUGUGAAGAGCACUUAUGUUUCAGGGCACAAUUCCCUCUCCUAAAAACCACACAGCCUGGAAAUUGGCCCUGGCCCUCCAAGAUAGCCUUCUUUAGAAUGUGAUUUGGCUAGAAAGAUUCUUAAAUACAUGGAAUGUGAUUAUUCUUAGCUGGAAUAUUUCCUCUACUUCCUGUCUGCAUGCCCAAGGCUUCUGAAGCAGCCUAUGUGUACGCAACAUUUGUAACUUUAGGUAAAUUGGGAUUAUGUUGUAGUUUAACAUUUUGUAGCUGUGUGCUUAUAGUUUACAAGUGAGACCUAAUGUGUCAUUAUGCAUACUUAUAUUAUCUUAAGCAUGUGUAAUGCUGGAUGUGUACAGUACAGUACUGAACUUGUAAUUUGAAUCUAGUAUGGUGUUCUGUUUUCAGCUGACUUGGACAACCUGCUGGCUUUGCACAGGUGUUCCCUGAGUUGUUUGCAGGUUUCUGUGUGUGGGGUGGGGUAGGGGGAGGAGAGCCUUCAUGGUGGCCAACCUGGCCUGGUUGUCCAAGCUGUGCCUUGACACAUCCUCAUCCCCAGCAUGAGACAUUUCAAGAUGAAUUAUUAAAGGACAAAAUUUCUGUGAAAUCAAAUCCGGUUUUAAGACGAGUCACUUAUCAAAGAGAUUUUAGCAGUAGUAAGAAGGGAAAGAAUAAACAUUUGAUAUUCAGCAACUGAAAAUACCUCACUGUGUUUUCUUGGGGGGAGUAGGGAAAUGAUUACCUUAGCUAGCAUGUACAAAUUUGAUAUUGUACUUGAAGAUAGUUAUAUUGCUUGGAACAGUUGCUUUCUUCAUCUUCAUUUUCUUUUUUUUUUUUUUUUUAAUUUUGAAAUAGCCACAAACUUAUAAAACAGUUGGAAGCACAGCAAAAGGACUAUUCUUUUCCUGAGUAAGUUUCUGAUCGAAUGUCCUAUCACUUCUGAACAGUAUUUUUUACAAACAAGAACACUGUCCUUCCUAACUAUAAUAUAGCCUUCAGAAAAUUAACAUUGGUACAUUGCUACCAUCCAAUCCUCAGAGCGCCUUCGACAUUAGCCCUGUGCAUUUAGUUGAUAUGGCUCUGUAGUGUCCAGUCUGGACAGUUUCUCAGUUUAGACUUCAUGGCCUUGACAUUUUUGAAGAUUAGAAGCAGUUGUUUUGUAGAACAUCCCUUGUUUGGGUCAGUCUGAUGUUUCUUCAUGAUUAAAAUCAGGUUCUUCAUCUUUGGCAUAAAUAACACAGAAGUGACAUUGCACUGGCUUAUUUCCCUCCUAUCAGGCAGCUCACAGUUCUGAUUUGUUACAUUACUGAUAAUGUUCACUGUAAUCACUUGACUAAGGUGGUGUGUGUCAACCUUCUCCACUGCAAAGUAACUCUUGUCCCCUUUAUAUUUUAAUAAAUAUUUUAUGGGAAAGUA